CUUGCCUAUUCCUAACUGCCUGUGGUUUGCCGCCAUGUCCCAAUCCGACAGUCCCGUUGCAAGAUUCUGGGCUCCUCCCCCGGAGCCUGCUACAAAACUUGGGCGCCACCGCCAGCUCGCACCUCUCGCGGGCAUCCAUGUCUCUCCCAUUUGCCUCGGAGCUAUGAGCCUCGGAGACAAGUGGGGUGGCCUCGGCCUUCGGGGCAUGGACAAGGAGAAAUGUUUGAAUUUACUCGACGCGUUCUACACAGCAGGAGGUAACUUCAUUGAUACCGCGAGCAACUAUCAGGACGAGGAUUCCGAGAAAGUACUUGGCGAGUGGAUGGAGACACGUGGGAUCAGGAACCAGAUGGUACUCGCGACCAAGUAUACGUCCAAUUACAAGCGUGGUGUGAAUAUGCCGCAGAAGACGCAAUACACAGGAAAUAACGUCAAAUCUCUUCAUGUCUCUAUCGAGGCAUCCCUCAAGAAGUUGCGAACGAGCUAUGUGGACAUCCUCUACCUGCACUGGUGGGAUUGGACUUGCGGAGUUGAAGAGGUGAUGAACGCUUUGCACAAUCUCGUGGUCACGGGCAAGGUCCUCUAUUUGGGAGUCUCCGACACCCCUGCAUGGGUUGUUGCUGAAGCAAACACAUAUGCACGCCUGAUGGGCAAGACUCCCUUCGUCGUCUACCAGGGCGCUUGGAGCAUCCUGCAACGGGACUUCGAGCGGGAGAUCAUCCCUAUGUGUCGUGCUCAGGGUAUGGCUAUUGCACCAUGGAAUGUCCUAGCUGGUGGCAAGAUCCGCUCAGAUGAAGAAGAGGAAAGGCGGCUCAAGAGCGGAGAGAAGGGUCGAGCGGGGUUCACCAAUGAAUGGUUGCGCACUCCAGAUGAGAGGAAGGUCUGCCAGGCGCUUGAGAAGGUAGCCGCAGAGGUAGGCGUGAAGAGCGUAACCGCAGUCGCGAUCGCCUACGUGAUGCAGAAGACGCCAUACGUGUUCCCUAUCAUCGGAGGUCGCAGGAUCGAGCAACUUACGGACAACAUCCAGGCACUCGAGAUCGCACUCAGCCCCGAGCAGGUCGCGUACCUGGAGGGUGUCCUGCCGUUUGAUCUUGGCUUCCCCAGCAACAUGAUCGGUGACGGAACGGACUAUCCGGGCGCGUUCCGGUCGGCGGGCCACUUCGACAGAUGGCCGGUCCCGCAAGCUAUCCGUCCCGUGAAGCGGCAAUGAGAAUAUCAGUGAGGUCUUGGAAUUGUGUUACCUGUAUUAUAGCUGUACAAAUUAGGGGCACCACGAAUUUGGCAUGUCACUGUACCUCUUGAGUGCACCGCUCCAGCAUCAACAACAUUGUGGCGACUCGGGUCUCCUUAUUAUCUGCUACCAUCGAAAUUGAUUAGGAUCACUCGCGAUCCCAUCUAUACUGGUGGACGCGAGCGCACAAAAGAUUCAGUCCAAACAUACUUCACGAGCGAACGCUAG